GCUAUGAAGACUAAGUCCACCUGUGCUCAGAAUCCAAACUGCAGCAUAAUGAUAUUUCGUCCAACCAAAGAAGAGUUUAAUGAUUUUGACAAAUACAUUGCUUACAUGGAGUCCCAAGGGGCACACCGAGCUGGACUGGCCAAGGUCAUUCCGCCAAAAGAAUGGAGGGCCAGGCAGUCUUAUGACAAUAUCAGCAAUAUCUUAAUAGCAACUCCCCUGCAGCAAGUGGUCUCUGGGCAGGCAGGUGUGUUCACCCAAUUCCAUAAGAAGAGGAAAGGCAUGACCGUGGGUGAGUAUCGUGAGCUGGCCACCAGCAAAAAAUACCAGACCCCGCCACACCUGGAUUUUGAAGAUUUGGAGAGAAAAUACUGGAAGAAUCGCCUGUAUGAGUCACCAAUUUAUGGUGCUGAUGUCAGCGGCUCCCUGUUUGAUGGGAACACUCAACACUGGAACGUGGGCCACCUGGGGACAAUUCAAGACCUAUUGGAACAGGAAUGUGGCAUAGUGAUUGAGGGCGUCAACACGCCCUACCUGUACUUUGGCAUGUGGAAGACCACCUUUGCGUGGCACACGGAGGACAUGGACCUGUACAGUAUCAACUACCUGCACUUUGGGCAGCCCAAGACUUGGUAUGCUGUGCCCCCUGAGCAUGGCAGGCGCCUGGAGCUCCUGGCCAGGCAACUCUUCCCUGGCAGCUCCAAGGGCUGCCAGGCCUUCCUGAGACACAAGGUGGCGCUCAUCUCCCCCACCGUGCUCAAGGAGAAUGGCAUCCCCUUUGGCCGCAUCACCCAGCAGGCUGGGGAGUUCAUGGUCACUUUUCCCUAUGGCUACCACGCGGGCUUCAACCAUGGCUUCAACUGCGCAGAGGCCAUCAAUUUUGCCACCCCGAGGUGGAUUGACUAUGGAAAGGUGGCAUCUCAGUGCAGCUGUGGGGAGGCCAGGGUGAGCUUCUCCAUGGACGCCUUUGUGAGGAUCUUGCAGCCUGAGCGAUAUGAGCUAUGGAAACGUGGCCAAGAUCAGGCAGUUGUGGACCACACAGAGACUAUGGGGCCUACCAGUCAGGAGCUCUCCACCUGGCGGGUGAUCCAAGCACCAAGAAAAACUUGGGGUUUGAAGCAUCUCCGGCUUCGCCAGGUCUCACGCCCUCUUCUGCCUAUAGCCACGGACAGUAACUUUCCUUGCCAUACCCAGGUGUGCCACACCUCCAGGCAACCAUCAGAUGUGAAAGGUGAUGAGGUCCAGAAGCCUGACCCAGCCGUAGACUCACCACAUCCUCUGAGUCUAUCUUCUUGUGGUCACAUGUCAACUGGAAGACGUGGUCUUGGUCGUCGCCCUUGUGAACUAGGAGUUCAGGAGUCCACCAAUGGACUUCCAGUUAAGAGGCGACCUCCAGCAAGCAGAGAUGACAGAAGCUCCAGCCCAGAGCUCCAGUCCCAGUCCGUGAGCGGAGACUUAAUAGUCAACUCAGGACUCGUGAACCCUGGCCCACAGCACCCUGUGACAGCUUCUGAAGGGGGAUUGAUCUCUGACCCUUAAGCCUAUUCCCAGACUUAGACCUCAUUGCCCUGCACUCAGGAUGCUCCAUAAGUCCAUGACCUCAGAGUUCUGACUGAGUUGGCAGGACACUGGCCACACCUGCAAGUACUCCUUGUCAGUUCUAACGCCUAAACACGCCACACCGUCCUCUUUCCUGAACUUGGAAAAUCUCUGGAUAACUGGUCACUCCUGCUCUUCCAGCUGAGGUCUCAUUGGCAGCUACUUUUUGAGUUCGUGCAAGCUAAAUUCAGGUGAGGCUGCUCAGCACAGAUCUCCCGUCCUCAAGGCCAACUGUAGAGGAAGCAGAAACAUGCAAAUGUUCUGCCCUCUCUGCCAUUUCUUGCAAAAUGUCUAACUUUGAACCUCUAGGUUAGUACUCACAAAGGAACUAGUCACAAAAAAGGUCAA